AUGGCGGCGGCGGCUGGCGAUGGGACGAGGAGGAAGACGGCGUGCGUCACCGGAGGGAGCGGCUACAUCGCGUCGGCGCUCGUCAAGAUGCUGCUGGAGAAGGGCUACGCCGUGAAGACGACGGUCAGGAACCCCGAUGACGGGGAGAAGAACGCGCAUCUCAAGACCCUGGCGGCGCUGGGGCCCUUGGAGGUCUUCCGCGCAGACCUGAACGAAGAGGGCAGCUUCGACGACGCCGUCGCCGGCUGCGACUACGCCUUCCUCGUCGCCGCUCCGGUGGCCCUCAUGCCAAAGAACCCCGAGGAAGAAGUGAUCCAGCCAGCGAUUCAAGGAACCCUGAACGUGAUGAGGUCGUGCGUGAAGGCGGGGACGGUGAAGCGCGUGGUGCUGACAUCGUCGACGGCCGCCAUCUCCAGCCGGCCGCUGGAAGGCGACGGCCACGUCCUGGACGAGGACUCCUGGUCCGACGUCGAGUACCUCAGGACCACCAAGAGCGGUACCUGGGUGCGUACGGCGUACCCUGCCUCGAAGGUGCUCGCGGAGAAGGCGGCGAUGGCGUUCGCGGAGGAGAAGGGCCUCAGCCUGGUCACCGUGUGCCCCGUGGUCGUCGUCGGCGGGGCCCCGGCGACCAAGGUGAAGACCAGCGUCCCAGAAGUCCUCUCCUUGCUCUCCGGCGACGACGACAUGGUGGACAACCUGGAGCUGAUCGAGAAGGCGUCCGGGUCGAUCCCGCUGGUCCACAUCGACGACGUGUGCCGCGCCGAGAUAUUCGCCGCCGAGGUGGCCACGUCCGGGCGGUACAUCGUCUGCACCCUCAACACCACCGCCGUGGCGCUCGCCCACUUUCUGGCGGCCAAGUACCCGCAGUACGAGAUCAACGACGACCGCAUUGGUCAUCUUCCGGAGAAGCCGAGGGUGAGCAUCUGGUCGGACAAGCUCAUCAAGGAGGGGUUCGAGUACAAGUACAAGAACCUGGACGAGAUAUACGACGACCUCGUCGUGUACGGCAGGACCCUGGGACUCCUUAAAUACUGA